GGACCUCAGCCUUUCCCCGCCUGGGGCCGCCGCCACACCAUUGGUAGCUCCGCGUCUCCAAAAGGAGCCCUCCGACUCUUCACUGGGCCAGUCUGGCGCUGGGUGUUGGAGCUCUGCACAACUCCUGCUGCUCCCUGACUGGGAUCCUUCCUCCCCAGAGUUUCGAGCAACUUUCCCUUUUCUCUGGCGCUGCGGUGGCUCGGGGACCGUGACCGCCGCAGGUAGCUGAACCCCGGGCCACUCCCUGCGCCUCGGCUGCGCGCGCGCGCGUUGGUCGCUCUCACUCUCUCUCUUUCUGGGUGCACACUGGGGGUCCCCCAGCUCUGCUCUGCGGGCGAGAUGCCCCUGGGACACAUCAUGAGGCUGGAUCUGGAGAAAAUCGCCCUGGAGUACAUCGUGCCCUGUUUGCACGAGGUCGGCUUCUGUUACCUGGACAACUUCCUCGGCGAGGUGGUGGGCGACUGCGUCCUGGAGCGCGUCAAGCAGCUGCACAGCAACGGAGUACUGCGGGACGGCCAGCUGGCGGGGCCGCGCGCCGGCGUCUCCAAACGGCACCUGCGGGGAGACCAGAUCACGUGGAUUGGGGGCAAUGAGGAGGGUUGCGAAGCCAUCAGCUUCCUUCUGUCCCUCAUCGACAAGCUGGUCCUGUACUGCGGGAGCCGGCUGGGCAAAUACUACGUCAAGGAGAGGUCCAAGGCAAUGGUGGCUUGCUACCCAGGAAAUGGAACAGGUUAUGUUCGGCAUGUAGACAACCCCAACGGUGACGGCCGCUGCAUCACCUGCAUCUACUAUCUGAACAAGAAUUGGGAUUCCAAGGUACACGGUGGGGUCCUACGGAUAUUUCCAGAAGGGAAGUCAUUUGUAGCAGAUGUGGAGCCCAUUUUUGACAGACUCUUGUUCUUCUGGUCAGACCGAAGGAACCCCCAUGAAGUCCAACCUUCCUUUGCGACCAGAUAUGCUAUGACUGUUUGGUACUUUGAUGCUGAAGAAAGGGCAGAAGCCAAAAAGAAAUUCAGGAAUUUAACUAGGAAAACAGAAUCUGCCCUCACUGAAGACUGACGGUCUCUGAAAUCACUGGCCUUUAUUCAUUUUAGCAACGGUUAAUGAAUCCCUUUAAGAGUUGAGAUCCAAAGAAGGCCUCUUCAGUGACACGGUGACAAGAAACCCCCCUGCUGCUUGCAUCAUUCAUAUCCCUGUCUUGCGAAUGGUACUCUGUGUUUUCUUGCCAAGACUGUAUCUACCUGCAGAUACUGUCUUUGCCAGAUGAACUCAUUUGCUAACUCCAAAAAUACCUGCAGACAACCUCGCUGGCCAGUGAUUUAACUGAUAGAUUUGGUAAUACUAUCAAAACGAGAGCCUGGAAGCAUGGGCAAGGGAAUGAAUCUUACUUGCACUUUAUGUAUACCUCCUAAUUUGAAAGGAGGAGGUUUGCAAAGAUGAAAAAGAAAAAAAAAGAAAAAAAAAAGAAAAAAAAUGGUGACGGAUGUCAUAGAGAGGCAUCUUUGAAGACUUAAUAGCAAGAAAUGGAGAUUUGUGUCAUUUGAACAAUUUCCAGAUGUUCUUAAUCCAGGGCUGUUGGCGUUUCUGGAGAAUUAUCACAACAUAAUGACAUUAUUACCUCUAGAAAGGGCUGCUGUCAUGGUCAUCAAUUUAUAAGUGUCCUGUAGACACUCCUUUUUUUCUGGUCCCGUAAGCUGGACUCUGCCUCUGCCCCGUUUUGCUGAAAAUAUGACCUUCUGAUUAAAAAUGACAUCAUUUAUUUUCUAUUUUCACUUUUACUUGGAGAACCUAAUUCCUCAGAGGCAAAAACUAGACAUUAAUUGUUUUGGUUGCUCUGUUGGAAUGGAAUUUGUGUUUAAAUCAAAGGGAAAAAUGUCUGCCAGGUCGUUUAGAGUCAGCAGCCUCUGAUGAUGAUGACGGUGUCGGAAGACCUGGGUGUACCAAUGUACCACAAAUGUGCGCACCUUGAGCAGUUCGACAAUGGAGAGGGAAUUGGAAAUGUGGGCACUCUCAUUUUUCAGUUUUCUUUUCUAAUGAGUUCAUCCUUCUUUAGCAAAAUAAGAAAAUGAGAAAAAACAGGGUGCUCUAUUUUAAAAAGGAAAUGGAAAUAAAACAAAAGUCUUGAAAAGCCGUGUGAGUUCUUUCACAUUUUCUACCCCUAGUUGCCUUUUUCAACAGACUUGACUCUCCACUGUGUUUGGCAGUGUGGCCAGAAUCAUGAAUUUGCUAGAACUGUGGAGGAUUCCACUACUGCAGUAAGCACAGAAUCCACUGCCUAAAGAACCCUUAUCAGUGCCUAUUUUAUGAAAGUUACCCUUCCUGGUUUUCAAUUCCAUUUUCAUAUUUUAAAAAUCCCUUUAAUUUCUUGCUUGAAAAUCUCGCGGACAUUAAAGAGGCAGAAAUACUUUGUCAUUUACAGAUAUAUAGACUUUCCAAGAAAAAAGCUUAGUUUUUUCCUUUUCUGGUUUUAGAAAAUUUCCAAACAAGACUUGCCUUCAUUCUCAUAAUUGCUCUUUUUUUUUUAUAGUACUGAUCACGAACUAACUUACUAUGUAAUUUACUUAUUUAUUAUGAUUAAUGUCUUUUAUCCUUUCUCUGGAGUGUAAGCACGAAGAAGACAGGGAUUUUGUAUGUUUUUAAUCAAUGGAAUGUAUUCCCAGCACCUAAAAUAGUGCCUGGCACACAGCAAGGGCUCAGUAAAAUAUUCAUUGAAUAAACUCACUCUCCUACCUUAGCAUUUCAAUGGUUUGAUUAAUUUCUUUCACCUUUGGCGGGAAGGUCUCACUAGAAUUUUUGCACACACAUCUUUCAUUGUUGACUUAUAAAUUUAAGCUAAUAGUUUAGAAAGCGCUGGUCAUUGCGUCAUUUCAUAUUUGUUUACCUGUUUGAACAGGUCAUUGGCUGCUAUGAAUCUGAAAAUUGAACAAAGAAGAAUUCUGCCCUUCAGUGUAUUGGAACUGUAGGUGUAACAUACUAUUAGCUUCACGUAGGACGGAGCACAUUCUUCCUUUGAAACAAUUUUGAAAAACUUUAUUAAGAGAGAAAGAAGAUUGUUUAUUAGGAAUUUUGCUUUCUAUAAAAUUGUAAUUAAGUUUUUUUUCCAUGAUUACUAAUGCCAUGAGAAUGACUGACUAUAUUCUGAAGGAAUAUAAUGUCAUUCCAAUGGUAUAUCUUAUAUCUUUCAUCUCAGUCUAUAUUUUGACUUGCCAAAAGAUCGGACCUCUUAUGCCUUGCUUAUUUCUUCCAGACGAAUGUCCUAUAAACUAAUAAACUAUAUACCAAAUCAA